UUGUGUUGUUUUGAAGAGAUAAGUAAAUUUCGUUGCCGACUCGUUUUGUUUUUAUUAUACCUCAUUCAUAGUACUUGCUCAGUUGAGGUAGAAUAACGGUGAGUCACAGCAGCAAUUCAUAAAGGUCGCAAUUUUUAUUUAUUUUAUUUUUUCCAAUAUCAAAUGGAGCUACUCAGCAAAGAACGCGCCGAUAUGAAAAAGCACAUUAAGAAAGUGCUUAACCCCAAGGAGAAACCUUUCGAUGGUCUACGCGCACGCACCAUUGUUGUGCUCACGCAUCGCACAGAUGGCGCACAAACUUUCAUGAAACUGACUGAUACACAGCUUUUGUAUGUCAGCCGUUUUAGUGCUUGGAAAUAUUGCAAUUUAAUGCAUAUGGCGAUGCGUUUUGGUACACCACAAAUACUCGAAAUGUUGCAGAGCUUGAAGUAUCAACAAAAAAUCUACGAUUUAGUUAAUUAUUGGGCGCUGCAAACGGGUGCCAUCGAUGUGUGCAUUGUGAAGUACCUGAAGUUGUUGUACGCCAAGUCACGCUUUCAUUGCAAUUACGCAUUUUUCAAUGGUGCACUGGAGGCCGACAUCACCAAGGAAUGGGAUGUGAAUUUAUGCUUUCAGCUGUGCACUGACAUCUUUGACUAUUUGGAAAAUUUGUUGUCGCUGCAGCAUGCCAUUUUCGCUGGACUGACACUGCAACAACUCUCGGUGGCCACACCUCAGACACAAUGCCGCUUGCAACCGCUCAUCAACAUUGCGGCAGAAUGUAGCAUUCUAUAUGAUCAAGCGGUGGAUGCGUUGGCAGUGGUUUGUGCCAAAUUGCCGAUUGUCGAUGUAAUUGGUUUGCGUAAUCGUUUCCAUGCAAUCUAUCAGCAUUUGCAUGGGUUCUAUUGCGCAUUGCAACAGGUGAAAAUUAUACUCAAAAUGGAAUAUAUACCGGAGUUGUCGUCGGCGGUGCCGGAGUUUUAUGGUAAUAGUGAUGCAAAUAGUGCAGUUAACCGCCAACCAACGGCACCGUCAGUAUGGGAGUUGGAGCAACCGUGAAUGCAGGAGGUGUAUUAGGAGCAGGGACAUAGAGAGAGAGAGCGAAAAAGGGAGCCAGAAGGGGAAGUAUUGUAUUAAAGCAUUUGCUGUGAUUCUUGUAAAUAUCAUAAGUAAGAAAAAAAAGACGAGAGAUACAGUUUGAAAAAUUUCAAGCAGUUAUUUGUAGAUACACAUACAGUGACUAAAAUAAGUAUCCACAUUUUGAUAUUUUUUUCUGCGAAUUAAAAGUUUUUGUUAUUUUUUUAUAGAAAUUU